ACACUGCAAAAUAACAAAAUCUCGUGUAAACGUCAUCAAUAUAUUGCAAAAUGAUGCAGAAACGUUGAUAAUAAUGCGAUUGUGAUAGAAACCAAUGAAAUGGAAUUACUAGUAAAUUUUCCAAAUCACUGUAAAUCGACACAUGGAAAAGCCAACAAAAAUUGAGAAUCAAAGAAAACAAAAGUAAAAGAAAAUCCGAAAUCAAACAUAGUGAUAGAUGAAAGACUUGGUCAAGCACAGCUCUCAUGAGACAACCUGGCCAUCCCAUUACACAACUUUUGAAAAGAGAAAUUGUUAAGGAGGAUGAAAACAAGGCAAUUCGAAAUCCAAGUGUCCAAACGCAUCGGAUUUAUGAGUAAGCCACAAACUCCAAGCCUAAAAUGCAAUCAUCAAAUUGCAUUCGAGAGGCAUCCAAAGCAUGCUUCAACAGCUGCUGUGCCAAUCCCCACAGUCCCGCCCCUCCGUCCGCCGCGGCCCCCCGCCGCGACUUCGUCUCCGCCAUCCUCUCCACCCUCCACCCGAGCACGACUUUCACCAACCACGAGUCGCUCCCCUCGUCGAGGGAGCUGCUCUCCAGCCUCCGCGACGCCCUCCCCAACUACUUCAACUCCGUGCUCGCAGACAGCAUCAGAGCUCAGGAAUACUACCAUUUCAACCUCUCCAACCACGUCUGCCUCGACUACGUCGGCCACGGCCUAUUCUCCUACGCCCAGAAACUCCUCCCGGCCUCCACGUCCGCGCCGCCGCCGGAGGAGCGGUUCUUCGACUUCGCCUACAGCUCCACCAACUUCACCUCCUACCUCCUCUACGGCGGCGAGGAGCAGGAGUUCCACGCGGCGGCCAAGCGGAGGAUCUUCAGGUACAUGAAUGUAUCGGAAGACGAUUACUCGGUGGUGUUCACGGCUAACCAGUCAUCGGCAUUCAAGCUCCUGGCGCAGUCGUACCCGUUCGGGUCCCAGCAAAACCUCGUCAGCCUCUACGACUACGACAACGAGGCGCUGCAGGUGAUGGUGGAGGCCGCCGGAAAACGCGGCGGCAGGCCCCAGUCCGCCGUGUUUUCCUGGCCUACACUGAGAGUGAACUCGAGGAAGCUGAGGAAGAUUCUGAUGAACAAGAACCGCGGGCUGCUGGCGUUCCCCCUCCAAUCGAGGAUGAGCGGAGCUCGAUAUUCGUAUCAAUGGAUGAAUCUGGCGAGGGAGAAUGGGUGGCACGUGUUGCUGGAUGCGUCUGCUUUAGCGGCUAAGGAAAUGGAGACGUUAGGCCUCUCCCUCUUCCAGCCGGAUUUCCUCAUCUGCUCCUUCUUCAAGAUCUUCGGCGAGAACCCCUCCGGAUUCUGCUGCCUCUUCGUCAAGAAAUCCAGCAUUUCGGUGUUGAAUCAGUCUUCCACAAACAUGGGAAUCAUCAACCUCGUACCACCGAGGAGUUCCGCCAUUGAUGAAGAGCUCCACAGCACGCCGUCAUCCAGCUCAGAAGAAGUUCCAUCCUCGGAGAUAGUGGAGGUCCAUGGGAACAAGAAUGCAUUAAUCGAGUUCCGCGGGCUGGAUCACGCGGACACAUUAGGUCUGAUUCUGAUAAGCAGCAGGCUGAGGUACCUGGUGAACUGGGUGGUGAACGCGCUGCUGAGUCUGCGGCAUCCGCACUCGGGCAACGGGCUGCCGCUGGUGACGCUCUACGGGCCGAGGGUCAGGCUGGACCGAGGCCCGGCCCUCGCCUUCAACGUCUGCGAUUGGAAGGGGGAGAUGGUUGAGCCCGUUUUGGUGCAGAAGCUGGCUGAUCGGAACAACAUCUCUCUCAGCAUUGGAUUCUUGAAAAACAUAUGCUUCGGAGAAGACAAGAAGAAGAUGGAUUGUGGUGUGGGAGUGGUGUCGGCUUCGCUUGGGAUGUUGACCAAUUUCGAAGAUGUGUAUAGAUUUUGGGCGUUUGUUGCUAGGUUUUUGGAUGCUGAUUUUGUGGAGAAGGAGAGAUGGCGUUACACUGCGCUUAAUCAGACAACUGUUGAGGUUUAAGAGCAAUACUUUCUUCUACUACCGUCAAAACAAGUGGUCUUUAAUUUUACCCCUAAUCAUUGCAUGAAAUUGAAAUUGAAAAAAUUAAAAUUAAGUUUGUAAUGUUGAUAAAGUUAAGGUGAGAAAAUUAAUUUGCAUAUUCAUUAUCAAGUGUGAUAGAGGGAGUGAAGUAUUGUUUGGUUCAGUUUACAUUCUUUGAUUCUUUAUAGUUUAUAGGAUGAUGGUGAUGAUUAUCAUGAGAUCACAACAACUCAUUGAUUUUAUAUCUGGAGACUUUUUUUACAUGUAUGUUUGAAUGGAAUCAAUCAAUCUUCCGCAGAUUUCAUUGA